AAGCCUUCCAUGAUAUUACCAAAAUUGAGAAAUAUUUACCACUUCCAGUAACCGAGCGUGUUACUAAAGAACUUACACUAUCAAUACUAUUAAUAAGUUUAGAUGGAGACUCUGCAUAUAGAUUGGUAAUAUUGUUACUGGCAUAUUCGAUAUGUCUACCUCCUAAGGUUAGGUUAAUAGCUUCGUACGUACCUAUAUUAGGUCUCACAGUGACAUAAUAAUAGCAUAUAAGCAAUGGCUUGUCUACCUUCAAUUUUCCCUCACUCAUUUUCACCCUCGGAAUGAGAUUCAAAGCUUAACGGUAAUUACGAUAAAUAUAAUACCAAAAAACCCCCAAAAUUACGUUGCCCAAUAUGACAGAGACAUUUGGCCCAGCUUUCAAAGACCAGGAACGACCGCUUCUAAGCUUCGGAUUGCCCUUCAUCGAAUCGCUCCUUAAGCAUGCAGACAAUACAUUUCAUGCAACUAAAAUUUAUCCGCAUUCUCUCUGGUCUGAGAUACUUGAAGUUGUAGCCGACACAAGAAAAGCCAAUGCAGACCUAAUCGUCACGCUAGGUGCGGGAAGUCUAACAGACGCGGCCAAAAUAGUCUCAUUCGCACUAGCAAACGAUGUCUCAACUCACGCUGAGUUAGACUCUCUCUGUCCAACAAGCCCCAAAAAGCGUGAUGAUAUCAAGCCAUCAAAAGUGCCAGUUGUUUGCAUCCCCACGUCACUCUCGGGUGGCGAGUAUUCGUCCUUUGCAGGUGCAACCAACGACGAGACAGGACAAAAACACUCCUUUUCGGGAGCACUACAGGGCCCUUCCCUGGUCAUCCUUGACCCAGAACUUAGUACGACAACGCCCGAUAAAGUCUGGCUAAGCACCGGUAUCAAGGCCGUAGACCAUUGUAUAGAAACCCUCUGUUCCCUAAAGAGCGACGAUGCAGCAGAUCAAGAUGCUAAGGACGGGUUAUCUAAGCUUAUACCGGGUUUAAUCAAGAGCAAGCAGAAUCCUAAAGACCUCGAGGCACGAUUGGGGUGUCAACUCGGUGCUAGAGAUGCUAUGGGUGCGUGCAGUAGGGGAGUGCCUUUAGGGGCAAGCCACGGCAUCGGUCAUCAAUUAGGUCCAGCGGGCGUGAGUCAUGGCGAGACGAGUUGUAUUCUUAACCCAGCCGUGUGCAAAUAUAACUACAAAAAGGGCGCAAAUGUCGAACGCCAAAACGCCAUUAUCCAGCUCCUCUGGGAAGACUCUAAAGCCAGAGAGAUUUUUUCUCAGAAAGGACUGGAAAAGGGGACGGCCGACCUUGGUGAUCUGAUGGAUGCUAUCAUCCGCGCUCUUGAGUUGCCGAGGACGCUUAGUGAGUUUGGUAUUGGGGAGGAUAAACUUAGCGGUAUCGCCGAGCACAGUUUAAAGGAUCAGUGGGUGCAGACCAACCCAGCUCCCCUGAAUAAGGAGAGCGUGUUAGAGAUACUGAGGAUGGUACUCGAAUGA